UCGUGUGUGUGUGUGUGUGUGUGUGUGUGUGUGUUCAUUCACUGACGUCCACACACACACACACACUCGCAGGCGCGCGCGGCACGAGCGUCUUUGUCUGUGUGACAAUAACAGGAUGAGACGCUUCUCUUACGCCGAAUAUAUCGCAUUAUUUCGAUCUAGAAACACAAAACCAAACUCGCCUCAGAAAACAUCAUCAUCUGGUGGAAAUGCGAACCGGGACGAGACCGAGCCGUCACAAGUCAGCUCUUCUGUGAGAAGAGCACAUGUGCAGAGCGGGAGUGAAGAGGACUGGACGGCUCUGCAUGAAGCGGCUCACCGCGGCCAGACGCGCUGCCUGAGGACUCUACUGACAGAUGGUGGUGUGUGUGUGGACAAGCGCACGCUUCAGGAGCAGACGCCGCUGCUGCUCGCCGUUCAGGGCACACACCUGGAGUGUGUGAGGACUCUUCUGGAGGCAGGAGCCGACCCCGACAUCAGCAACAAGAACAAAGAGACGCCUCUUUAUAAAGCGUGUGAGCAGGAGAGUGUGAGCGCGGUGAAGCUGCUGCUGGCGUUCGGUGCGGCUGUGAAUCAGCGCUGUUAUCACGGCUGGACCGCGCUGCAUGAAGCAGCGAGACGAGACAACCCUGAGCUCUGUGAGACGCUCCUGAGGGCCAGAGCCGCUGUAGACGCCCGCAACGCUGACCACGUCACACCCGCGAUAGAAGCGGCUCGACACGGACGCACAGAAGCGCUCGCUCACCUGAUCAAGAACGGUGCUGAUGUGAACGCUCAGACGUGUGACGGAAACACAGCUUUAACUGAGGCCUGCAGACACGGUCACACACACACAGUGAAGCUCCUGCUCAGACAUCACGCAGACGCCAACAAAGCCACCCACACCGGCCUUCUGCCACUGCACAUCGCCAGCCAGCACGGACACAAAGAGAUAGUUUCCUCACUGCUCCCGGUGAGCAGCCGGGCGAGGGUCCGGCGGAGCGGUAUCUCUCCGCUUCAUCUGGCGGCGGAGCACGACCAGCGGGCCAUUCUGAGUCUGCUGAUCCAGUCAGGAUUCGACGUCAACUGCAAACUCUCUCAGGAGCGCUCUGCUGGGUUCCAGAACCGGUGUGUUUCGGCUCUAUACUGCGCCGUCGCUGCCAGGAACACAGGGGCCGCCGCCGCUCUGCUGAGGGCAGGAGCUGACCCCAACACUGACCCCUGCAGCCCGCUGCUGCUAGCGGCACGUCACGGCUGUCUGGAGACUGUGGCCCUGCUGCUGGAGCACGGCUGCGACGCUCGAGCCUGCUUUACCUGCGACACACACCACAGCGAGCAGCACGCUCCCCUCAGAACUCACCCGCACCAGACACACACCAGCACCACUCACGCACAGUUCUGUGACUGGAUCUGGUCCUCCUGCUGGAGACACACAGCCGGGCGGCUCAUCGAUCUGCUGCUGGACUAUGUAGGAAAUGUUCAGCUCUGCAGCAGGAUCAGAGAUCUCCUUCUGGACCAACCGGAGUGGACCAGCAUUAAGGAGAAAACAACGUCUCCACGAGGCCUGACGCAUCUCUGUCGGCUGAGGAUCCGAGAGCAGCUGGGGCCACAGAGACUGAGAUGUGUGGAGUCACUGCCGCUGCCGGGCCCCAUGCUGCGCUUCCUGAGCUCCAGGGGCCUUUAGCACAACAUUCACCAAACCGGACUCUGCUGGACACUCACUCCUGUCCACUGUGCACUGUGUAUUCAUAUAACUUUUAAUACUUUUUAAAGUGUUAAACUUACCCUCCCAGUGUUUAUAUAACUCUCACUCAGUGUUAAAAAAGUAACAUGAAGCAGUGAAAAGUUAAUGAGGAAAUUAGUCGAUUGAGUGAUGAUUAAGCAUUAAAGGGAUACUCCACCCCAAAAUGUUCAUCUUCGGAACACCAUGUAAGAUAUUUUGGAUGAAAACUGGGAGGCUUAUGACUGUCCCAUAGACGUAUCAAAGACGUCAUCAGAAUAAUUCAUCUGCCAUUAGUGGUUCAACUGUAACGUUAUGAAGUGACGGGAACCCUUUUUGUACACAAAUAAAACAAAAAUAACGACUUAAUUCAA